AAACCCACCGAGGUGGUAUGGCGGCGCGCGCGCACUACGACGCAGUCUUCGCCGGCGACCGUCCGCCGAGUGCACAUCUUCACACGCCUCACGGAUAGAGACGCUCUCGUUUGAAAGUACUGACUCUGAUUCCAGUGAAUCACUGUCUAUUUUGCAAGUGUUACAUCUUUGGUGAAGACUAAGCUCGCUACGCGGAGAAUUCUGGUUAAAUAUGCGGCGGAAGUGGGGAGGGUCACUCAUCACCGCUGUCACGCAGGCGCUGCUAUUUGCACUAUUGGCGACAAGUUCUUGCCAUGGUGCACGCCAAACAGCGCAGCGAUCAGCGCAACGUAGAAAGGAUACAUCUCGUUCGGACUUGUAUUUGCCAACGCCGAGCGCAGAGAGCCUGCAGGCACUAGCGCAGGCGAUGGGUGCCGCUGGCUUCGAGUCGUACACCGAGGGCAAGGCACUGGUCAAGAGGCUCAUCCCGGCCGACAGCCAGCCAGAUCUCGACGUUGUUGAGCACCAAGGUGUAAUCGGCAGAGCUGGCAUAGAUUUCCCGGCGUUCCCUAACAUCCCCAACACAGGAUUCAACUGCAAGAACGUGCCUACCGGAUACUAUGCUGACUUGGAGACCGAUUGCCAGGUGUUCCAUAUCUGCGACACGUCCCGCAAAAUAUCGUUCCUGUGCCCUAAUGGCACCAUCUUCAGCCAGUCGCACCUUAUCUGUGACUGGUGGUUCAAGGUGGACUGCGCCUCCGCUCCUGCACUCUACGAGUCCAGUGCCGAAUACUAUUCCAACGAACAGAAGAAAAGUCAGAAAAUUAUCCAAAAUUUGUCUAAGAACUCCGAUUUGCAGCAGCUUAGUUCAGACACUCAUAUCCGACCGGAGACAAAGAAAACUCCUAUAAACGUGCCAAGCACUACUGAAAAGUUAUUAAGGCAUAGGCAAAGGAUUCAAGAAAAUGUUAACACCAAAGCAACUUCACGAAGUUUCCAAGCGCUAUUACCCGACUCUACCUUCAACCCUACUCAAAGGACUCAAGCUUCAACUGCUUUUGAAAAAAGGCGUAAGAACUUAGUGCAACUGAUUGCAAAUAAUUUCGGCAACGUUCCUUCUCGAACUACACUACCAACUUACACAGAAGCUUCUACGUAUAGGCCCACUUCGCCAGCCGGAGACUACAAUAGCAUCCGAGAAAUGCAAGUAGCAGCUGAGAGCGCUUCAUUUGCAAAUAACAAUAACAGACAAUUCCUGCAAGAUUACAACAACAAAAAUUACAGACCUUACCCUGUUUACACUCCGAAUCUUACAGCUAGACUAAGUAAAGCUAAAAGCAAUCCUACUCUCACCACUCUGUAUGACAUCCGUGAUAAAAAUAUAAACCUCGCAAUUGAAUCAACGUCGAAAAGACCUACUUUGGUACCGUACACCAAGAGUUACACUAGCUCUCUGAACGAUAAACGUGAGCCAUAUACAAGACCUGGUGUUUCUCUGUUGAAAGAUUUCCUCGAUAAAGAGAAAAAUAAAACUGCCGCUAUUACUACUACAGAAAAAGUAAUUGAGGCAACUGAACGAAUCGAUUUUUAUGGCAAUAAAAACAGCCCAGGAAAUAAAGUCACUAUAGAAACAAAAGAUACUUACGAAUCAGUGACUAAAAUUCCUCAGACUACAAGGCCGGAUAAUAAUUACUACAGGAGAACAGCAUCGUCUGAUAGACUUGACGUGUAUGCGAAUACCAAUCAAUUCCUUCCAACAACUGAAUCUUCUUAUCAGGAAAGAAGAGAAAGAUUGAUGAGAAAACUUAAUUUAGACGCAUUCAGUCCGACGGAAACGACAUCUCAGACAACCAUUACUGAAAAAUUCUACGGAGAUUUACCCAAUAGGCCAGGCCUUGUUGUACCGCCUUCGUUGACUCCAAAAACUCUACACACUUUAGCUAUUUAUUAUGCAACCGCUUUAGAUAAUUUAUCUACUACAAUGGCAUCGCAAGAAACUGAAACAACCACAGCGGCCCUCGAUGAAUACGAAACGAACGAAGACGGGAUUCCUCCUUUUGCCCUCUUUAGUCGACAUACUAUCGAUAAAUACAGUAAUUUAUUUGCUCAAGGCUUGCAGAAUCCGGAACUUUUGGAAAAUAUUAAAUUGGACCCGAAUGGAACUUUCAACGAAUUAGCUGAUGAUUUAACCGUUCAACAGAGUCAAAACCCUCUUGCCACUUCUCCACAAAUAAGGGAGUUGGCACAGGUUUUUACUCAUGCACUGUCUGCGUAUCUGCAAGACCCCGUUCAGUUCAGAAAAGUACUCUCCGACAUUAGACCCACUCAUCCAUCGUUUGGUGACAUGCUCACGACCACCGAAGAACCCUCAAAUACAGAACCUACUACAACUGUCAAUGAGGAAGAUGACGAAAUACUAGGUUUUUCCGAUGAUAAUAAAAUAAGACCAGCUCUAGUUUCCCUAAGAGACCCAAAGGCAUUGAAUAUUGCAACUGAAUACAAUACCGUUUCCGCAGAACUAACAACGACGCCAAAAUCAUUUAGAACUGAUGCUUCUAACACUUUUGGUUUAACUACAUCUUCGAGUCCAUUCCGUUGUUGUGGAAGAAUAUCUGCUUCCUAUACAUCUGCUUCGACUCCCGAAUCGGCAACUAGCCCUCAGCCAUUUACAAACACCAUAGCUGCGAAUGUAAACACUUUAGCUAACAAUACUACUGAUUCCCAUAUUACUACUACAGAGAACAGCUACAUUCCAAAAUACGGUGGAUUCCAAAAUAACACGCAAGUCAACAAUUCCCCAUAUGGAAGAGAAGUUAACCCUGUAGACGCAAAACCCUUAAGUGAAUAUAUAGAAGUAACAAAUCUGCCUACGGCCUGGGGAGUCGACGCUUCCGGUGUAACGGCACCGCCAGCGACUAAUACUCACGCCAACAUAUUCGAAAGUAAAAAAAUACUAACUACUACUUCUUUGCCGGCGACUACAGCAGUUUAUUUCACCGAAACUGACAGUAUUGAGUUAGAAAACGAAGAGGAACUACAAAGAGCGCAUAGUCAAUCAUUUGUUACUCCUCAAAGUAAUAACUUACGUCAAGGCAAGCAAAUUAAUAUUGAUGAUGCAAAAACAACGGUAAGAAAACCUUCAGAAGAAUUGGAAGCACCAACACUUUCUGACUUUGAUGUAACUCCUGUACAGACGACGAUACCACCCAGUACAACUGACAAAACAAAUGAUGCUGAGUUUUUCACAACAGUGUCAUCAUUUUCUAGUAAUGCAUUCACGUCACCCGAGGGCGAUAAGACCACUUACCAGUUCCAAUGGCCAAGUACUUUUGAAAGUUGGCAGAGCACAGUUAUUGACCCUAUAACUUUAAAUGACAAUCUAAAUCCAUCGGGACCCGAACAAUCAUCUCAACCCGUAGUCAGACAAACUAAUUCAUGGAUCAACAACGCUGCAACCACACCCGCAACAGAAUACACUAGAACCAGCGAGCAGAGCUACUCUUCCUCAGACACAGUAGAACUAACCACACCAGGGACCAGAAAUGAUGACAGAAUUGGGAAAUUACUCAGAGACCCAACAUCCACAGAAGCUGCCCAAGAUAUAACCACCAUCACAGACACGGUAGUCGAAAAAGCUAAAGAAAUAAUGGGAGGCAUGAACGCUACAACCACCGAGAAACUUAUGAACGUUAUGAAAAAAACUAAAUCUAAAACUGUAAGAAGACUAAUACUCCUUUUAAUUCAAACUUGUGAUGAUGACCACAAUACUACAGCUGAAGCAUCGAAGAAAGCACUAUUGGAAGCUUUGAUGGCAGUUUCGCAGAAAGACGUAGACGAAAUUAUUAAAGAAGAUGUGACCGAUGCGCCUACCACUCAAGCUGACAUUGAAACGGUUAAAACGAAUGAGCCCUUUACAAAAUCCGACGUAACUGAGCGCCAAGAAAUAAAAUCAAGGACAACCGACAGACGGGGAAAAAGUUUAACCUUUGACCCGAACGCCAUAAACUCAUUGUCAAACCCUUCUACGCCAGAAAACUUAAAGCCGACUGAAUUUAUAGUUGAAACUGCUUCGACGACGCAAUCUCCAAAAACUUUAUCUAACCGUAGAGGAACUAAGAAAUUCCUAAUAAGAACAUCGCCUGUAGACGCGAGCGUGACGAAACCGCCUGCGGCUAGUGUCCACAGUCCGAUAGCUGAGGCCCGCACGGCGGCACAAUCCUCCGACAUAAAGACUGCAGCGGAUACCAGAGCACUGGAGCUUUUAAGAUCGCUUUACACUAUCGCAGCGCGAUGGGGUUGAGUUACUGUAGCUUAUUUAAAGGUUUUAAUUUUAUAUUUAGGGAUUGUUUUGCUCAGUACAAACCCUAAAUAUAAAUAAUUGACACUGUAAAUGUGAUUUUAUGUAGAUAGUUCUUUACAGUUUUCAAAAUUACUCACUUUACAAUAGUAAAAAAAUUGGUUGUUGAUAAUAAUAUUUGAAACGCUGUGUAACGCCUAACACGCGAGAUUACAUUAAUUAACUUAUUAUGUUGUUAUCGAAAUAAGUGUUUAAGAGACGUACUGCCUAGAUCAUAAAAUAACCUGAUAUUUCCCAGAGCGGAAAUUAGCUUAAAGCAAUUUACUGAGUUACCUAC